AUGCACAAAGCGGCUUUUCUUUCUUCGUACGAAAACGUGAAAGCGCUGCUGGAACUUGGAGCUUCGCCAAAUUAUCGCGAUCCCAUCGGCCUCACUCCGCUCUACUACAACAUGCUGACUACAGAUUCAAAUGAUCAGGUUGGUUUGCUGACCGUUUUCAAGUUGGCUUUGUUUACCAAAUCUUUUUUGAAGGUGGCUGAAAUGUUGCUAAGGGAAGCAGCCGAUAUUGGAGUGACGGACAUGCACGGAAAUCAUGAAAUUCACCAGGUGAGUAGUUUUGUUUGUUUGGGAGCGGCCCCACGAGCAGUGUCCUUCCCAUGUUUUUAUGCUCCGCACUCUCGAACGAUCAUCGCCUUCAAGAUCCGCAUGUUCAAGAGGCACUCCUCCAUUAGUGGGCGUCAACCCCGCAUGCGACGUUUAGCAGCGCUCAAGCCGCAUUACUAUGUCCCUCUUUGA